AUGAGCUCAAAACUCAGAGAUGCGGUCUACGCUUACUUUUCCUGGAUCAAGGAGCUCCGAAAAGCACCAAAGACCUCGUCGUUCCUCGAUAUCAUUGGGCAGCUUGGUAUCAGUGAAGAAAACUGGUUGCGUUUCGGAACGAUUUGGCGGGAAAUAGCAGCAAUGUGCCCCCACCAAGAAAACAACUCGCGAUCGUUGCUGACGACGUUUUUAAAAUACACCGACCAGGAUCUGCACAUUCAAGCAAAUCUGCGCAAAUGCGACCAAUUCAUCGACAUAGAAGACUUGCCAGCCCUGAUGAGGAGGGUCCUAAAAGUAUCCUCGAUGGAAAUCCCAAUGAUCCAACUCUACGAAGAAGGGACCAUCAAACUUCACCGUCUGGACGUGGCGCUAGAAUUAUUUGAACGACUGAAGCCGGUGAAAAGAAUGAGCCCAAAGGACAAGAUCAUCUUUUUGGAAGAAAUUCGCUACCAUCUCGAGCAGCGAUUCCCGACGAGAUCGAUGAUGAAAUCGUACGUUAAUGGCACUUCGAAUAUGUUCUUCAAAAUCAACAAAAUGGCACUUCCAAAAGAUCCUUAG